ACACAUUUAUAAUAACGCGAUCUAACCCCAAAACCUUUAUUAUGAAUAAUAUUGGUCGCGAAAGCCUACGUGGUGAACUGAUAUAGAGCGACGUUUAUAGGACGAGGACAUCUGUACAAAAAGACAUUGAUAGUUCAUCGAAUUCUUCCAGCAUAAAUACGUAUUCUGAUUCUGACAAUAUGCUAAUUUUAGGAUCCAUUCAGGGUGCAUACGUGUAUUGAGGACCCUGCACAAGUUCACCAAUACCUGGCAACUGUCUGGUCACAUGAUGCAUGGUGUGAAUUAGGGAUCUUGUAUCAGUUCACGAUGUCUCAUACCUGGCAACUGUCUGGUGACAUGAUGCAUGGUGUGUGUUAAGGAUCUUGUAUCAGUUCACGAUGUCUAAUACCUGGCAACUGUCUGGUCACAUGAUGCAUGGUGUGUAUUAAGGAUCUUGUAUCAGUUCACGAUGUCUAAUACCUGGCAACUGUCUGGUCACAUGAUGCAUGGUGUGUAUUAAGGAGCUUGUAUCAGUUCACGAUGUCUAAUACCUGGCAACUGUCUGGUGACAUGAUGCAUGAUGUGUGUUAAGGAUCUUGUAUCAGUUCACGAUGUCUAAUACCUGGCAACUGUCUGGUCACAUGAUGCAUGGUGUGUAUUAAGGAUCUUGUAUCAGUUCACGAUGUCUAAUACCUGGCAACUGUCUGGUCACAUGAUGCAUGGUGUGUAUUAAGGAUCUUGUAUCAGUUCACGAUGUCUAAUACCUGGAAAACUGUCUAGUGACAUGAUGCAUAGUGUGUGUUAAGGAUCUUGUAUCAGUUCCCAAUGUCUAAUACCUGGCAACUAUCUAGUGACAUGAUGCAUGGUGUGUGUUAAGGAUCUUGUAUCAGUUCACGAUGUCUAAUACCUGGAAAACUGUCUAGUGACAUGAUGCAUGGUGUGUGUUAAGGAUCAGUUCACGAUGUUAUGACACAAGGUAAAUUGUCCAGUGGCGACAUUUCCGACUGUAGGACUGCCUUGCGACAUGUAGUGACUUUGUGAGGUUCGUUUGGCGACUUUUCGCUUUUAGGUCGAAACCUUUCCAAAAAUGUGCUUCUAAACGUAUUUCAUUUUGCUGGAUAAUACGGCAUUGGUCUUUAAAGCCAGUAGGAUUGUCCGGCUAUUGCUUAAACAUGUAUUAUUUACGGGGUAUCAAGUUUCCCCCAGUGCAUGAGAGUGUGUGUACGGGUUAUUGCUUUUUUUACAUUAAACGGGGUUCCACAGUUCACAUAUGGGGCCCUCUUGCCAACAGCAUCUGGUUAAUCCAGCCGCAUUUGUUUAACAUGCUUGGCUGCUUAUGAGAUCCCAGGACAAAUUUGAAACCGGUUCAGAGUUUUGCUUGCUUGGGCGGCAAGGGGAGGGGGUCUGGAAAGCCAAUGAUAAAAUAUCCUUGAGAGACUCAAAUAUAAUUCACGUAAGGCGACACAGACCGCAGUUGUGCUUUGUUUCGCAUUCGCCCGGGCAAACUGAACGCAGCCCUCGUGUUUAACGACGGGCAAAUGGGACUCUGCGACGUUUGGGAGCGAACCGCGCUACCGGAGAGCUGAGCACACGGACGCCACAAAUCUCUGGGUCCGUGUUGGCUUUUGACGAGUUGCAAAACCGGCUCACGCCACAAGGCGCCCCCCUCCCCCACCACCACCACCGAGCGUUUAAAAGGCUGCUGCGGUGUACGAGGAGGGCGCAUUGGCAGGAGGAGCAGCAGCAGUAGCAUCACGGUCAUGAGGUCCCUGCAUCUGCUUCGCACCUCCACCACCACCGCACUGCCACUGCUGCUCUGGGCAUGGCUGCUGCUGCUGCUGGCUUCGUUCUCCGUAGCUGGCGGCGCAGACCGGCUUACCACAAGAAUGAUUGUAAGGCACCACCACGAGAGUGAAAAAGAUGUGGGCUUGAACGAUACAUUUCUGGACGUGUCCCUGCACGCCGAGCGGAAUCGACACUGGCCUUCCUGGUUCUCCACCUUCCAGGCCCCGGAAUCGAUUCCAACUGACCCCACGUGGACUUCCGGUGCCACGGACAAAGUCGUGGACAACCAGCACACGUACUACGUGUCGCGCCUGUACGGCUCUGGCGACCGGCGCGCUCGCGAGAUGUGGGUGGGCCUGGACGGCACCGUGGACGGUUCGCCAGGUGGAGUCCGAGCUCACGAGUCUCUCUCCGGAGGAUACAGGCAGGCUGUGAAUGUGAAUUUAUCUUUUGCCUUUCCUUACUAUGGACACGAUCUGCAUUCGGUGACUCUCGCCACAGGAGGGUUCAUAUUUGUUGGAGUUGUGAAGUACCGAAUGAUCACUCUCACACAGUACAUUGCGCCACUUAUGGCCAACUUCGCGCCUAGCCUCUCCGACAACUCCACCGUCAAGUACUACGACAACGGCUCCCUGCUCGCCGUGGAGUGGAGCGAUGUCUGCCUGUUUGACAACCGAAGCGUCGGUGGCUUCACCUUCCAGGCCGUGCUACACAGCGACGGGCGCAUCAUCUUCGGGUACAAAACGAUUCCCAUCCCCAUAUCGCAGAUCAGUUCAGGCAAGCAUCCCGUCAAGGUCGGCAUUUCGGACGCUUUCAUCUUGACCCACAGGUCCCCAGGAAAACCCAUCCCAAGCAGGUGGACAGUGUACGAAUAUCACCGCGUGGAUCUGGACACCACCGAGUUGACCAGCGGCUGCACUAUCGAACUCGUUCCCUUGCCAACGUGCAAUCAGUACAAGACGUGUGACAGCUGCCUGUCUGCCCACAUCGCAUUCGACUGCGGGUGGUGUGGAAGCAUCCAGAGAUGCUCCAGCGGAUUUGACCGCCACCGGCAGGAAUGGAUCGACGGAAGUUGUCGGCAAGAGGCAAGCACGGAGAGUUGCCCUGCUGAUGAGCUCGCAAGCCGAGGCUCGGAAGACCAGAAGCCACCGCUGGCUGCCAGGCCCACAUCGAGUGACAGAAGUUCGGUGCGCGGAGCGACGUCGAUGAGCAGCGUGCUGCUGGCGGCGAGCCUCUCGCUGGCGGUGCUGCUGCUGCUGGCAGCGUGCGGCCUCGCUCUCUACGUGCACCGCUACCCCACCUCGUCCGUCAGCCUCUUCCUCAUUGAGUUCCGCCCCAAAAUGUGGCCCACCGUGUUUUCUCGGCGCGUAUCGGAGCAGCUGAACUGCGCCGCCGUGGAGACCAUCGGACACGACAAGGAGGUUCUCACUGACACCGAAAAAUCCAAUCAGACUUAUGAAAUGAUGCCCAGUAAUGCGUGAAUAAAUGCCCACGGUCUUUCCGUGGAUGUAAAGGGAUGCUCUCGGGCCCCCCCCCCCCCCCCCGUAGUUUUUCGGGAUUUUCUGCACGUUUGUCACGCAGGUUGUUGCUGGCCUUAAGGCUCUGAGAACAGGGGAAGUUGAGAAUGUAGUUUGAGAUCAAAGUUGUUGCCUGGAGUGCUUGAGGAAAAUAUAAAUUGUCAUCGUGGAAUUAAUGUUUACACGUAUACCAGUGCUCGAGGUUUUUCUUUUGUAUAAAGAACAAAAUAUUGUAAUAUAUCACCGUUUGGAUUUUGUACUAACAAAGCUAAAAUCAUGAAUAAAAAAAAUUCAUUGAAUGCUCAAGAAAAAAAA